AUGGCCGAAGACUCUUCUGACUCCAUCAUCGUUAACGUCAUCGGAGAUGAUAACCAAUCGGCCUUGUUCGGAAAAUACGAUCUCGGUCCACUUCUCGGGAGCGGCGCGUUUGCCAAAGUCUACCAAGCGGAGGAUCUUCACAACAACGGCGAAAGCGUUGCGAUCAAAGUCGUCCAGAAGAAGCGUUUGAAAGACGGUCUCACGGCGCACGUUAAGAGAGAGAUCUCUGUCAUGCGCCGCCUGCGUCAUCCCCAUAUCGUGCUCCUCUCCGAAGUGCUCGCCACCAAGACGAAGAUCUACUUCGUCAUGGAGUUAGCCAAAGGCGGCGAGCUUUUCUCCAGAAUCACCAGCAACCGUUUCACGGAGAAACUCAGCCGGAAAUAUUUCCGGCAGCUGAUCUCCGCCGUGAGGUACUGCCACGCCAGAGGAGUCUUCCACCGUGAUCUGAAGCCGGAGAAUCUCCUCCUUGAUCAGAAUCGAGACCUGAAGGUUUCCGACUUCGGUCUCAGUGCGAUGAAGGAGCAGAUUCAGCCCGACGGUAUGCUGCACACGCUCUGCGGAACUCCGGCUUACGUUGCGCCGGAGCUUCUCCUGAAGAAAGGCUACGACGGCUCAAAGGCGGAUAUCUGGUCGUGCGGCGUCGUUUUAUUCCUCCUCAAUGCCGGUUACUUGCCGUUCAGAGAUCCCAACAUCAUGGGGCUCUACCGGAAAAUCCACAAGGCUCAAUACAGAUUGCCGGAUUGGACGUCUCCAGAUCUACGGCAUCUGCUCCGCCGUCUUUUGGAACCAGAUCCGGAAAAGCGGAUCACCGUCGAGGAGAUUCUAAAGGACACGUGGUUCAAUCACGGAGUAGAUCCGAGUGAAAUCAUAGGGAUCCAGGCCGAUGACUACGAUCUGGAGGAAAACGGGAAAAAGCUAAACGCCUUCGAGUUAAUCGCGUCGUCAUCGAACGCGAAUCUCGCCGGUAUGUUCAGCAACUUCGUGACGCCGGACCACUGCGACCAAUUCGUCUCCGACGAGAGUCCGGCAGAGAUUAUGGGUAAAGUCGUGGAGGCUGCGAAGCAGUUGAAUCUGAGGAUUGCGAAGAAGAAGGAGAGAGCGAUAAAGCUGGAAGGGCCACAGGGAGUAGCAAAUGUCGUAGUCAAAAUUCGCCGUCUAACAGACGAAUUGGUGAUGGUGGAGAUGAAGAACAAGCAAAGAGACGUGGGCUUAGUUUGGGCCGACGAACUCAGGAAAAAACUACGUCGUAUGAUUAACCAACCGGUUAAUAGGGUUUGA